CGGAGGACCCGACCCUACCCUAUUCCGAGGACGAAGCCCUUCGGUCCUGCCCUUACGAGAGAGUGGCGCGCCACUGGCGCCGAGGUGAAUAUGAACCUGGAGCGAGCAGCCUUCGAGUGAGAACGAGGAGGCUUGCACGAGACGAGAGGCAAUCGCCGCGACGGAGCUCGUCGAACAAUUAUCGGUUUUCGUUGCUUGAAUCGCUUGCUAUGCCUCCCCGGCGUAAAGGUCGUUCCCGCGAAGGGGUCAACGAACAUUAUGAGUAUCUACCAUUGCGAGAGGCAAUGCUGCGGAAAGGAGACAAAGUAAAUUUUUAUGGUGCAAUAAGCGAGUACGAUCAUCCGAAACCAACUCGUGGAUCUGACGUUCUCUGUACGAUGACUGUUGUCGACAUGUCCUACGACAACCCUGGCUUGCGCUUGCUCAUAUUCGCGUCAGCCAAAAACUGUCCUAUCGUCAAAACUCUUGGCGAUAUUAUCCGUGUUCAUCGAGUGGAGAUCGGCGACUACAAGGACUCGCCUCAAGCAAUUGCGAAUAUCAAUCGAAAGUCUUCUGCCUUUAUUCUCCUUGAUGGCAAAGUUGGUAGCUCCAACGAACCCUAUCAGAACUCGCAUACGACGUACACUUUUGCACGCCAUGAUGAAUUGACCGUCGAAUAUAUGCGCAAAUGGAUUGGGGCUCAUCCGCUAGGAACUCGAAUAAGUGACUAUCUUGUUCAAAUAUGUGGCAUCAAGGAUAACACCUACUUCGACCUCUGCUGUAAGAUUCUGUACGUUGAUGAUAGAUACCUACCUCAGCGUGUCACGAUAAUCUACGUCUGGGAUGGCACGGAUGCAACGCCGAGGACAAUUCCGAUUUUGCAAGAAAAGGAUUUUGAGACAACGCCGUUAGACACGCUGGACUCCAAACAGAUUCCACUACCUCUUCCACCCAGAGAUGUGCUUUGCGAUUGUCCGUCAAUCGGUACAAUGCUUCCGAUUGUGCCGGAGGUUCAGUUUGAAAUAUUGCCCGGACAAAUACCUCAACGAGGUGAUUGGGUCAAAUUUCGAAAUUUGGCUUGUCGAACCCAAGCAGGCAUGGUUGAGGGUAUCUUCACUCGAGAAAGCAAGCUUAGUCUUCUUUCAACAGACACGAAACUAGUGAAAGACUGUGAAACUACCUACGAGGAUAGGAUUCUGACUGAAUAUGGACGUCUGCCAGAAUCUUUACCAAAACCUCCACAAUCAUUGACCGUGACAGAUUUUGAACACAUUGAGUUCUCGACAUUAAGAGAGGUCCUCACGCAUCCUAAGGUCACGUACAAGUUUCGAUGUCUAGUCCGAGUAACAUCGACCUUUCCCACACAAGUUUGCAACUUCUGUGUUCGUCUACCAACAGAUGCACACGGAGGUGAUGCAGAAGCAAGUCCUGUUUUCGCCUACGGAGUGAGGUUCACUGUGGAAGAUCCGACAGGCAGGCUCCAUGCCUUUUGCUAUGGACAAGAUGGGGCUAAAUUUUUCAACGGUCAUCCUCCAGCAGACCUGUGCGGUGACAGUGCCUUGGUAGGUGCUCUUGAACGAAAAGUUCAGAAGCUGCUAGGAUGCAAAGUGAUGGAGGACGGCAGGCUUGCUCCAGAGCGUGAUCCUCCAUGGAUUAAAAUAUGUCUGAUGUCCUACUAUACAGACAAGUCGAAACCUUGGGACAGUCGAACUUACCGCAUUUUUGGGACCACCUUCCCCGGAUAAAUUAGAGGGGUGGAGUAUGAUGUUCUCGGUAGCUUUUAGUGGAACUUCUUCUUCUCCUACCUUUGAGCAGUGGGCUAGGUUGUAGAAGACCUGUACAUAUUUUAUAUUAACAACGAAAAUGCUUCAAGGAAACGUGCCGGAAAAGGUAAACUUGAAGCAUGAGAAUUUUCUGCAAGUGAUACAAAUUAAGACUAGAGAUCUCGGUCCCAUGUCAGAUUCCUGUCCAGCCUCUUCUGAUAAACGAUGAGGCCAGCCUCCAGGGUCAAUUGAAUACUGCUAAUAUGUUGAUGCAACAACCGUACAGCAAAGUUUGUCAACAAGAGCUUUCAAGUGAGUUCUUGGGUUCGUCCCAAUCGCAACUCCGAAAUAAAGACCUUGAUGGUAUUGUUCUCCCAUCUCACCAGGAAGAAUCAUUUCCUAUUUUAAGCUACUUAGCA